GUUUGCAGUGAAGUUUUUAUUGCUGUUCAGCCCCCUGAGUUCCCUCCAGAGCCAUUGGAGUGUGACAAGGAAGCUAUGCAGGCACUACACAGCCUUCUCCCCAAUCCAGGCUGCCUCUGCAAACAUUAAGCACCUUCCAGCAAGCUACCAGCCUGCAGGUAGGGGGCUUCUUAAAGGGCCAGUCGAGGGUUAGGGUUGAUUCUAAAUGAGGGGGAAUACUCUGGUUUGCAGCCUUCUGAAUUGCACUGGAAAAAACAAGUUCUCCAAAUGACAGACAGUGGCUUAACAACAGGUUGUUUAAAAAAGGGACUAGAAACCUACUGGAAAUAAGAGGUGCAGUGCUAUUUUUUUUUUUGUUCAAAUCUUUGGUGUUUUAAAAAAAAAAACUGGAAAAGAGAUAACAAAUAGCAACCGGAGUGUAACACCACAAAGACACAGAACAGAGCAGAGCAGUGGAUUUGCAAAUCACCACUUUUCUCUGCAGCUGAACUUGAAGGAAGGUGGAUUCCUAGUGGGGCUAAUCCCAAGCACCUUUUUAAAACCGCGAGGAUCAGAACCAAGACACAAAGAACAACAUUCUGCUUCGAAAAGAAAGAAAAUGGCCAACUCUGGUUUCCAGCUGCUGGGGUACUUCUUGGCACUUGGUGGGUGGAUUGGCAUUAUCUCCACCACAGCCCUGCCCCAGUGGAAGCAGUCGUCCUACGCUGGCGAUGCCAUCAUCACCGCGGUGGGUCUGUAUGAAGGCCUGUGGAUGUCUUGUGCUUCUCAGAGUACAGGGCAGGUGCAGUGCAAGGUGUACGACUCUCUGCUGUCGCUGGAUGUUCAUAUCCAGACGUGCCGGGCGCUGAUGGUGGUGUCUGUGCUGAUGGGCUUCCUCGCGAUCAUCGUCAGCGUCGUGGGAAUGAAGUGCACUAAAGUGGGGGACAACAACCCUGUCACGAAGAGCAGGAUUGCUGUCUCCGGAGGGGUCCUCUUCCUGCUUGCAGGAUUGUGCACACUGAUCUCUGUGUCCUGGUAUGCAACACAAGUCUCCCAUCAGUUCUUUAACCCAAACACACCUGUCAAUGCCAGGUAUGAGUUUGGCUCUGCUCUGUUUGUUGGUUGGGCGGCCGCCAGUCUCACCAUGCUGGGAGGGUCAUUUCUCUGCUGCUCUUGUCCUAACGAGGAGAGAAGAGGGCAACAGUAUUACAGGCAAUCCCAGACAUCCACAGCCAGGGAGAGUCCUCCCCACACCCUGCCCAGUGGAGACACCAGCUGAGAGGAGCAGCUCUGGUUCCUUUCCAGUUGUAGCUGUCAGAAGCUGCUCCCGGUCCAGCACACAGUUUUGGCUUAACCAGUGCAGGACACAUCUCAAGUUGUGCUUUUAUUACUGUACCUGUCAUUGAGAAAGAUGGCCUAUAACUAGAAUGCACAAACUCCACAUAUUCUCAUUUUUUUAUUUGAAAUAUCAUGCUUGGAGCUGGCUUAAUUCAUGGCAGCAGUGGAAUCUCUUUUCAGAAUUGUCUUUUAAAUUAUUUACUUUAUCCAACAGACGUCACAGAGGUGCAUGAGUGUGCACCAUUUUGCGAGAAUAUGACAGGAUAUUGCAUUUAACAUACUGUAAAAUCUAAGUAGACAGACUGUUUAGCUAAAGCGUUUGUCAGUGUAUAAAAACAAUUAUAAUAUUCAGAAAUGCCAUUCUCAAAUGCAAAAUAUUUGUGUACACCGUAAAGAAGAAAAGACAAUGUUUUCUAUGUGGUAAUUAUACUAACCCUAUAGUAAUAACUUCUUUGUGUCAGAACUGGUCUGGGAGGAAACUAAAGGUUUUGCUUUUGUCAUACCUUUGUUAUGUGUAGUUUAUUAGUACUGUAAUUAUACUGUUACUGUAGUUAGGAUUAUUUCUAUGAAUGUUUGCUUCAAUGCAAGUAUCACAACAUUGUAGUCCCCACACUGACAGCAAAACCUUGUAACAAACAUGUUGCUAUAGUGUAAAUACAGUGUGGGUAUUUUAAGAUGCAUUCAGUAAAUUUGUUAGGGAAGAAGGGGGUCAUCUUUCUUAAGUGGUGUAUGUUGUUUUAAACAAUUUACUAAAAAAAACAGUGUGUUCUUUUCUUUUCCAGAUGUGCCUUAAUGAUUUAUAUUAUUGUAUUAUG